UGUUUAUAUGUUAGAUAGACAGUGUUAUUUCCAAAAGGUCACGUUGGGUCAACUUGUCAGACUGACCACAGGUAUAUACUGGUCAGACGUAGCCUAAACAGAAGAUGAAAUGGUGAUUGUGAUUAUAAAAUCUGUGAUAUUUAAAUAUGCCGCCACCUAAAAAGCCAAAAAAUGGCCCAAUUACAAUGGAACAGUUUAUGGAGAGGGGUGAUUUGAGUGACGAUGAUCGCUCUCGGAAAGAAUCAUUUUCGGGCGAAUCAGAUGUCAGCGUGUCGGGACUCUCCACUAGAAGACCGUCGGUUUGCAGUGCCGAUGGAAUCGAUACCUUUACUAACCAAGCAUUUUCAGACGACAAAUCGCCAGGUCUCAAACUGCUACGAGAUCUUAUCUUAAAGAAACAGGAGGCAACAAAAGAUUGUAAGGAUGGACUAAUACCAAAAAGUGAGAACAACACUUUAAAGAAUGGAAUGACUGAAAAUAAAUGUGAUAAUGGAGCUCUUCCUCCAACUCCGGAGGAAUAUGAAGGACUUAAUUCUGACAAAAAGGAUACAUGUCGAAGUAAUUCAUCUGGAAGUCCCGUACUUCUUUCUGGAGAGGAAAAAAUGUCUCUUUCACAAACUAUACAAGAGAGUAUCAGUAAAAACGAAAAGAUUUUAAAUAGUAUAGUUGUUUCUUCAUUAAUGCCAACCGUUCCGAGGCCCCAAGGAAUACAUUCAAUGUCUGGCUAUCUUUCUCCAUACUUGUAUUCUCGUUCAAUGACAGCCGUUAAUCCGUAUUUAUCAAAUGAACCUCGAGAUUUGAGUACUAAGCUACAUACACAUCCCCGUUUGACUGAAAGUUUGUACGGAAGUGAUCCUGUGUCGGCUUAUGGAUCUGGACAAUAUGGACAAGUCUCCCCAGAAAGAAAAGAAUUUCUAGAUUCCAGGAAAAAUUUAGUUGGGAUUUUAACAGAAUCCCGUUAUGGACAAAAUUCAGUUGGUCUACGAAUUCCUUCAUCAAUCCAUGAGAGAGAUGCAUUUUCUUUUUAUUUAAAUGGAUUCGAUUCCGCAAGGGAUUCUAUAGACAAACUGAGCCUGAAGGAUGACAGCCUUGCGGGUGGUUAUCCUGGGGGAUAUUUACUCCCUCAUAUGAUGCCUAGUCAGCUUCCGUCCUCCACAACAUCUCCACAUGAUGGUCGUAUGUUAACGAUGCUUGAUGGCUCUUUAUCAUUCACCAAUACUCACAAACUCAAGCAUGAGAUCAUGUCUUCUGGUUCUGGUCACAACAAACUGUGCCAGGUCUGCAGUGAUAACGCCUCAGGAUUUCACUAUGGAGUAUGGUCUUGUGAAGGAUGUAAAGCUUUCUUCAAACGCAGUAUUCAGGGACCUGUAGAUUAUGUUUGUCCAGCUACCAAUAGUUGUACUAUAGACAAACACAGAAGGAAAAGUUGUCAAGCCUGCAGACUCAGGAAGUGCUACGAAGUAGGCAUGAAUAAAGGAACACAAAGAAAAGAAAGGAAGCCAAGUGCUAAUAGUAAACUUCCAACAAAAAGAAAUCGAGCAGAUUCUACUGAUAAUAUAGUCAACUCUACAAGUGGCAGUCCAAAUCCAGCAAAAAGUCCAAGAAGGUCAGAGACAUCAGCCAUAUUAGACGCACUAUCCAAAGCAGACAUGCCGAUCGUAGAAAGUUAUCAUAAUCAUAAUAUGCCACCAUCCAGAACACAUUUGUUAAAUUCUCUUGUUAAACUGGCAGAAAGGGAAUUGGUCCAACUGAUUAACUGGGCUAAAAAUGUACCAGGUUAUAUUGAUCUGUCUUUGAGUGAUCAGGUCCAUCUCAUUGAGUGUUGUUGGAUGGAGUUACUUUUACUCAACUGUACCUUCAGAUCCAUGAGUUAUAAUGGAAAGAGAUUGGUGUUUGCUCCAGAUUUUGUUCUUGACAGAUCCCACUGGGAAGUGAUGGGUAUGACAGAAAUAUUUGAACAAGUCAGUGCCGUGUCAGAAAACUUUAUACAAUAUCAACUACACAAAAAUGAGUCGCUACUGUUACAAGCUACAGUAUUAGUCAAUGCAGAAGUCAGGCGACUAACAAGUUGUGAUAAAAUACAUAGAAUGAGACAGUCUAUUCUAGACGCAGUGGUGGAUACUGCACAGAAAUACCACCCUGACAAUCUACGACAUGUUCCGUCAAUUUUACUCAUGUUAACGCAUAUCAGACAAGCAGGAACGAGGGCAAUAGCCUACUUCCAAAAACUUAAACAAGAAGGUACCGUCACUUUCUCUGAUCUGUUAAAGGAAAUGUUAGACUCUCAAGACUACACUGAAAUCAAAACAGAAAAUCCAACAACAUGAUAUCGUUGAUGUUCAAAACAUCUUGGAACGAACAAAAAGUGCUCACAGCGCCAACUAAAUAUCACCUCCUAGUGAUAAAGACAACAGCACCAAUGUUGUCGCUAUUGUUGUCUUAAACAGUGUGUGUCGUCAUGACAACAUCAUCAUAACAUCAAAGGUAUCCCAUUGUACCUCUAAAUGUGAAUGUCUAAAUACCAAACUUCUAUCUUGGGAUUGAGUAACAGCUAAGGAUCCUAUGCAGGGAAGAUAACUCUGUUACUAACAUCAGACUUCUUGAAAAACAUUAGUAACAUUAUCCUCAAAGGAACAAAUAUUCAAUUCAUUGUCAACAUUGACUUUUGUAUAUGUAUCUUCCAUAUGUCUACCUCAUAUUUAUAGAUUAUAAAAUCAUAUCUGCCUCAUUUGCUGUGAUAUUACCUCAAAAUAUCUACCUCAAUUUCAGAGAAUCUGAAAGAUAUUUUAAAUUUGGUAAUUUUUAAAGACUAAUAAAAAAGGGCCUUUCCAGUAUAUAAUAUUUGAUUAUGGUUCUCUGUCACUCAAAUUAGUAGAAUAUCAAAAUAGCAUUGAGUUUCUUUUAUAGUCUGCGCUGAAAACAGUGGACAAAUGUCUUAAGACUGAGUGUUUCAAUUUACCAAAUUUGGUGUACAAGCCAAAUUAUUUUGUCAUGAUUACUGUGAUUCAAUACAAUCUGAUUUGUACAUACUUUAUACAACGAUCUGACAACUUUUCAUAUUACACAGAAAUGUGUUUCAAUCAGAGAGUGAUUUUAUGUAGCAUAAUGUGAGCAUUCUUAUGAAAUUCAGAACAAUAUGACUUUAAUAUUGAUUUUGAAAUAAGUUCUUGUCAUAAAUGUUUUUCAUACAUUUUAUAACUUCAAAAUAUCAAAUCAAAUGUGUUAUUGUUUUCACUAGGCAAAAAGAUAUUUUUACAUAUUUUUAUAAUUUAGAAAUGUAUUAUAUAUUCUGUAGAAGGUGAUGAAUAACCACAUGACAAAAUGGGACGAAGUAAAAUAAUACGAUAUAGUUUCUAUAGCUUUGAUAUUUAGGGAAAUUUUUUUAGUUUUGUGAUUAGAAGGAAUUUCAUUGUUUCCAUGGUAAAAUGAUGAAAACAAAAGAUUUUGAGAUAGCAUUGUACUGCUUUUAAAGCAUUUAAAGCCAUAAGAAUUUUUUUCUUGUGGAGAGCAUUAACUAAAUGUUGCAAAAGGUUAAUAAAUAAUUUUGCACAUUUUCCCUUUUCAUUAAUGAAAGUUUUAUAAAAAACUUUGUAAGAGAAAUGGGUUUCAUUUGUUUGUGGUCUGUGAAAACUUAGUGGAUUCCUGGGGGUUUACGAUUAACAAAUUAAAACACAAAGGAAAAUUGUUUUCCUAUUGACAUAAAUUUCUUUGAUUGAGGGAACCAGAAAGUCCAUAAAAACUGGUACCCUGUAAACAGUAAUGCUUUCACAGUAUAUAGAUGUGCAAUAUGUAUGAUCUCAUUUGAAUUCAGAAACAAUCAAAACAAAAUCAUAUUUAAACGACUCAUAUGCAACAAGUUUAUUUCAUAUAAUGAUAAAUAAGGAAAUAUAACAAAACUUUUGUGAUAUAGUCAUAAUUUGUGUCUAAUUCUUCCCGUUUAUUUUAUUUUCUGAAUUUUCAUAUGAAGAACAGCUUCAUUGACACUGGGGAUGUUAAUUGUUUUAUAGAAUUCAGCAGUUGUAUUUGCAUUAUCUUUGCUUAGGAAAUAUUUAUGUUGCUAGACAAACGCAUUGAUGAUCCUUUUCAAAAAGGGAGAUGACGCAUAUCAUACUUAUUGAAAAAAAUAAGAAAGACAACUCUUUCAAAUUUCAGAAUUGUGGACUAAAUAUAAAUUUGCUUAAUGAUAAACGCAUGAAAAUGCGAUUGAAUCUUAUUUUGUUGACGAUAUGUUAUUGAUAUAUUAGUGCUUUGUUUUAUUUGUCAAUGUAUUGUGUACUGUUGAUAAUUUAGUUGUUAUCUCUGUGCUGUUUACUUUUUAACCAAGGUCAAGUUUUGAUCCUUGUUUAAUACAGUUGUUUUCAAUAUUUUUGUUGUCAAGUCAUGCAUUUUAUGUUUUUUAAACAAAUUAUUAGAUAAUGGUUAACUAAAACUGUAUUUCUAUCUUUGAUAUAUAAAAAAUGAUAUUAAUUAUUGUAUGCCAGGUUUAAUAUGAAACAAAUUUGACAUAGGUUUUGUUUACAACAUGAUUUACGUAACAAAAUAUAUUCUAAUCGAGUUGUCAGAUAAAAAACCUGAGAACCACAUACUCACAAUAAGUUCACAGUAAGUUAGGACAAGUUAAACUUUUGACUUUAAAUCUACACAGUAAAAAGAAAAGCACAAUUAGAAGAGUAGAAAGUGAAAGUUUCUCAUGUACAUGUAUACACUGUACAUGUCUACAAUGUACAUGUAUGUUAUUGGAAUAUAUACUUGUACAAUACAGUUGUUUGUUUUGUACAUGUAUGUUAUAGGGAUAGAUAUAAAAGUUUUAACAGUAUUUUUGUUAAAGAUAAGAUAUUGCAGUAUUGGUGCUUAAAGUUGAUGAUUAUUAUGCAGUUAUUUUUAUUUCUUUCUAUUUGGUAUUUGGUGCAGUAAAGUGCUGAUUUCUUAUGCCAUGAGUGUUGACAAGUGUUUGGUGCAACUGGGAUUAUUCCAGAAUAGACUGAUUUACAGAAAUGAGGUUUUUGGACAGGUUUUUACUGAAAGAGGGUCUAGAAAGGGGUUCUACAUAAAUGAGGGUUUCAUAAAUGAGGGUCUGGAAAGGGGUUUAACAGAAUUGGGGGUCUGAAUGGGGUUUACCAGAAAUGAGGAUUUGGAAAGGGGUUUAUCAGAAUUGGGGGUCUGAAUGGGGUUUAACAGAAAUGGAGGUUCGGAUGGGGAUAAUGGAAAUGGAAAAAGUUAAGUAUAGAGACAAAUAGGCAAAAUAAAGAAAGAACAGAACAGAAUUGAACAUAAAGAUAUAAAAUAUACAGAAAAAAGUUGAGAAUAUAAAGUGGAGGGACCCCCCUGUCCAGAUGCUAAGAAAAUUGCAGAAGUUUGGUGUUCAAAUGAUUAUAUUAUACUCUAAUAGAUCCUUGAGAACAGGAGGCUGACAUGCUCAUAAGCAGUGUUUCAUAGAAAUAGCACAACUUUCCUUAGAAAACUAGAAUAGGCUCUAUAGAUGUGUUCUUCAUUUUAAACCUCAAGACAACUUUUGGGCAUGUUGGUGUAAUGUCAUGAAAGGUUUUAUAUUAUGUAUACCAGGUAGACCAUUUCAACAAACUAAAAUACAUUAAAAUGACAUUUUCUUAAUUAUAAAUCUCUGAUAUUUUAUAUUUUAGUGGAUAUGUCUGAUAUCCUAAGUUGAUCAAUCUGUUUUUGAUAUCAUUGAGCUGAUACAGCACUGUGAUACUAGUAUGUAAAACAACUUUAGAUGAAAGUGGAGGGUACAUGUUAAUUGUUUCUUAAGUAAUAGGAUGAUCAAAUAAGGAUCUUUUCUGCGUGUAUAACACGUUUUGUAUGUUUGUAAUUACAUGUCUUUAUUGAUUAUUAAUAAACUGUAUAUUGUUUUGUCAUUUUGUUGCAAAAAAAUGUUUUUAUGAAAGUUGCAGAAAAAUGUAGCAACGUAAAAUGAAUGUAGAGAAAUUGAAAUUAAAGAGAUGGAAAAACAAAUUA